AAGCUAUUAGUAAUGAAAACAAUUUAAAUGUAACUACGCUACGCUAUGCCAUUCCUGCUGUCGAGCCUGCACUGGAGGACCUGGGCAACAGCAAGAGGGAGACUCCUCUUCCUCCUUUUAAUAAUCUCCAACCAUCAAAUAACGUGCUCAGUGCUUGAAAAUCUUAUAGCGAAGCGCACGGACUACUGGGAGGCCUGCAACAGAACUCUCACAUCAAGCACACGCCCCACAACUGGAAUCUACUGCAGGGGAACCUUUGACACUUUUGUGUGUUGGCCACAUUCACGUCCUGGGAAUGUGUCGGUCCCCUGCCCUCCUUACUUACCAUGGAUCAACAAGGAUAAUUCCAGGAGGGCACACAGAGAAUGCUUGGAAAAUGGGAGAUGGCGACAGAAGCGGAAUUCUUCCGAGCCCUGGAGGGAUGACUCUGAAUGUCAGGGGGAGCAUUACUUCAAAGAUAAGGAAGAGCAAAUGCUUCGGCAGACAGCCCUCCGGCUAAUCUCUGUCAUUGGCUACUCUCUAUCACUGUUUUCCCUCACGUUAGCAACGCUGCUCAUGGCUUUGUUGAGGAAGCUACACUGUACCAGGAACUACAUUCACAUGAAUCUGUUUGUGUCAUUCAUCCUGAGAGCCGUUGCUGUCAUUUCUAAGGAAAUUGUAUUGUACAUCAUGUAUUCCAACCUACCCAAAGACGACCCUGGAUGGAACUCCUAUUCAAGUUCUACGAUAGCUCUUAUGUGCAAACUCUCAAAAGUGGCCAUGGAAUAUUUUGUGGCCUGUAACUACUUCUGGCUAUUGGUGGAAGCUAUUUUUCUGCACACCCUGCUAUUCACUGCUGUGAUGACCAAACGACGUCUACUAAAGAAUUACAUGCUGUUAGGAUGGGGAACACCUGUCUUCUUUGUGACACCAUGGACGGUUGUCAAGGUUUUAUAUGAAAACACAGCGUGCUGGUCAAUUGUGAACAGAUGGUUCUGGUGGAUAAUAAAAGGCCCCAUUACUUUAUCAGUGCUGAUCAUUUUCUUUAUAUUCAUCAAGAUUCUGCUGCUGCUGCUGUCCAAGCUAAGGGCACAUCAGGUGAAAUUUACCGACUACAGAUACAGCUUAGCCAGAGCAACCCUGGUGCUGAUUCCUCUGCUGGGAAUCCAUGAAGUCAUCUUCACCGUGCUAGUUGAUGAAUGUAUGGCAGCAAACAGUCGUUAUGCUCGGGACUUCAUCAAUCUCACCAUCAGUUCUUUCCAGGGUUUCCUGGUUGGUGUACUGUAUUGCUUCGCUAAUGGAGAGGUUCAAGCUGAGAUGAAGAAGCGCUGGCAGAUUUUUUUGGUCACCAACAACUUCCAGUUCAGGAACUGUUUUCAGGGUGCGCCGCUCAAGCACCUGUGGAAGUGCACUCGAGGGCACCGCCCACAGUGCCAGCGGAGGGGAUCUUGUGAGGAGGGCGGGACUUCCAUCAUGCUUCCACACUUGCCUCGGGUGGCUGUCCAAGAGGGAGGUGGCGUGAAUGGACUAAAAGUGGUUAAUAGUCAUGGAGUGAAGGGAUGUGACACAACAGGCCUUGACCUUCUGACUCGAAAGAGCUUAUCCAGUAGUGACGGGGAAAUGACGCUUGGAGAGACCAUGGAGGAGAUUUUAGAAGAGAGCGAGUUUUGAAUGCACUUUGGUUCUUUUCCAUCCAUCCAUCCAUUUUCUACUGAUUAUCCUGUUCAGGGUCAUGGGAGCUGGAGCCUAUCCCAGCUGACUUUGAGUGAAAGGCGGGCUUUGCGAUGGACUGGUUAAUCAAGCACAGGGCACAUAUAGAUAGACAACCAUUCACAGGCACAUUCACACCAUCACUGGGUUGGGACUGAACCCACGCUGCCUGCAACUGAUGUCAGGCGAGUCAACCACUACACCACCAGUGACUCUGAUUCAAAGCACUUAUCUUGAAAUCAAUCAUGUUGAAAUAUGUUACUAUUAUUUCUC